GCCGCUCACCGCUCUCGAGCUUGCUCAGCACUCUUUUGGGCAAUAAAUGUUGAGGUGGUAUCGUCUUAGCUAGUCCCAAUCAGAUCAAGUCCACCCGUCGCCUUGUCCUACAGGUACCGGUACCGGUACCAGGAUCAAGUCCAUCCGACUUGAGUUGCUGGACCUAUCUGUGGCUGAGGAUCCCCUCGUUGGCUGAACAAAUCAGCUACUAUUGCAUCGAAUGAAUUGGAGCCGUGGAUGCAGCGAACGCGGAUGCAGACGCCACUUCGACGUGCUGUGGGUCCAUUUUGGUUGAUUAGCGCGUACCGGCACCGUAGCCGCUCUGACGUUUUAUUGUUGAAAGCAGCAAGGCCGAGGAAACACCGAUGUUGAGCCAAUCAACCGCCAACCGUUUUCAAAACUGAGAAGGCGCCAUUUUGAGGAAGCCAGGCUCUUCAGCCUCUUCGGCUGUCCGCUGCGAAAUCAUUAACGGGUGGCAAAACCCCUCGAUGCUCUUCCAUAAUUUGAUUUCAAAACCACUACUUGCAGUUGUUCUUUGCCAUCCUCGUGCUGAUAGGAGAGCAUAGCAGACUAGUCUACUGGUAGCUAGUAGCUCCGUGCGAAGAGGAAGAAAGGAAGCGUCUCUUGCCGUUUGGCGGUUGGCCUUUGGCUGUGGAAGUCAUUUUGUUCUGUAGAAACACCAAAGAGAAAAGCACAGGAAGUCCUGAUUUUUGACAAUCUACCUGUCUCGGUGGAUUUUUCUAAUAUCUAUUCUCUGUUGAAUCCAUCAAUCAAUUUUCCACCAUGCCUUGUGGCCACUUGAACGCGAUGCGGUUUGAGCAAAAGCCGCUGGCCCAACCAGCCUAUUCCUUUGUCCAUGUGCCCAAGGCGACACCGGAUCUCGAACAUUCUUCCUUGCAGCGCAUUAGCAAACGAGAACAUUUUCAAGCCUGCAUGGCGGAAAUGCUCUUGUUGGGAAAAGAAGCUGUACGACGCCGCAAGGGGUUCAAGAAUGAGGAUGCCGUGACCACCAAUAGUAGUGCCAAGCCCUUGUCGUUGGAGUAUUUGGCCGAUCGAUGCGACGUGGAUGAUCCUUGUUUUGGAUUUGUGGUUCGAACCAAUGCGGAUCCUUCCUUGACAGUAAAGACAAACGAAGAAGAAACAGUAACAACCGACACAACUGCACCAGCCAAAGUGUCACCCAUUGCUACCGACAGUGGCUCGGAGGGCCCCAGCAGCCAGGAAGCAACAGCUUCAGGCCAGCCAAAUGUUCCAGAAACACCACCCACAGACUCUCUACUGAAGCAGCAGCCCACUACCCCCGAGUCACAUUGGAAAGCUGGAAUGCUGCAAGGAUUCAUUACAGUCACUACCUUUACCAAUUGGCAAAAGUCAUUUCGCUGGGACUCGCUCCACCCCGAAGCCUAUGGCUUUGAUCCCCCGGCUCUGAUCAAGCAACGCUUGAAUGGCAUACGAAAAUGGGAUGCAGACGGGACAUUGGCCAAGGAAUUGCAGCAAUCAGUUCGUUGUGGGGACAUUUGGGACGAUGGGAUUGUCUGGCCUCGAAUUGCGGAGAUUUCGUUGCUGGGGGGAUUAGGAUGCGGCAGGACUCUGGUCAAGCUGGCUUUGGAGCACUUGGAAAACCUCACACCCAACCCAGACCAGAACUAUGAUUACGUGGUCCUGCAGGCUACAGACAACUCUAUUCCCUUUUACGAAUCUCUUGGCUUUAUCCGCGUCGGUGGCAUUAUGGAGGACCGUAGUGCUCCCAGCAACAAGGAUAGCAACAAUAAGGAAAACGAACAGGGACCCCUUUCCGAGAUUAUCACCAGCAAGACGACUACUUAUGUCACCCAGAAGCGAGGAGAAAUCUUGCAAGACGUUGCCAAGAAACACAAGGCGGAUACCUGGGACGUCAUCUUUCUGAACCAGAAACUCUUUCCGGAUACCUUGACACCUGCCAGCAAGCUCUUGCUCGGCACAUCACUUCAAAUUCCCGUGCCCCGCAAAGAGGUUCCAAAACGAGUGUCCUCUCGAAAGGGCUCCCCCACAAAAAAGACUGAUGGCGGGGACGAUGUUGACGACGACGGCAGUGAAGAGAACAUUAGCUGGUACAACGCAAAGGAAAACGACACGCCGUCCAAGAUUGCCAAACAGUUCAAUGUUGAUUGCAUGUCUCUCAUUCGAGCCAAUGCUGCAAGACUCCCUGGGCUCACGAGAACAUCCCGUCUUCGAAACGGAACCCGAGUCCAAGUGUCCCAUUUUCACAUCAUCACCAAAGUGUGGACUGCCUAUUCCCACUGGUCGUUUCCUGAUGACGAAGUCGAGGAAGGAGAACCGAGCUACAUGAUGUGCUACAAGCUCCAAAAGAAGCAAAGACGAGGCGGCGAGCAACGACCCAUCCAAGCAUCACUGAAAACUGUAAUCGAAGAGUACACCCGGACACCUCUGUUGUUGGCCCCACCGGCGGCUCCGAAGGACAAAUCCGAAGACAACAGUAGCAAGGUGGAGAAGCGCUUGGAGCCGGCGAUGGAUGCAGCUGCGAAUGCAAAUGAACCAACCCCGAGUACUGCUGGUCCUUCUACCGACGCUGCCACUGCUUUGAAAGCAAAGAAUGUCCCCGCAGAGCCCUCGACUCCAGUGCUACUAGCCCGUGAUAUCAAUCGCGACACGCUUGUUCACGUGAAGGUUCUGAGCGAUGGGGCAUUGGUAAAGCCAUCGCCCGUGCCUCGAGGAAAACCGGGCAUUAUCUUGGAGCCACCGAAACGAGCUCCUGGGCCAUUUGUGCUGUUCUGCCAAGACAUGCGAAAUCGAAAGGAAAACCUGCUCAAGGGUCUGUCCAUUCCUGAUGCUAGUCGAGUCCUGGCGGAUAGAUGGCAAAAAGCUCCGUUGAACGUUCGGAACAAGUACGAGACCUUGGCGAAAGACGGCAAGCAAGAUUAUUUGGCCAAGAAGGAAGCCUACAACCAGCAAAUGGCCGAGCUACAACGAAUGGGUCAUGUUCCAACAAUUCAGCCACACCACCCGGUUGAAUCCCAGGAUAAGAGUCACACUCACAAGCAUGAUGUUGCCAAGAAACGCAAGAAGGACCAUGAAGCUCUCUACGAGAAGAUUGUCAAGAUCAAACCAGAAGCGCUUUCUUUUGCUGUUACCGAACUUCCAAAGAAAGAAGACAUCCCCGACUUGGAUGACGAAGACCCAACGUGUUCCCUGUCUCUACAACCUGAAACCUACAAGUACUGGUUUGUGUUGACGUUUGUACCGGACCUUCAGUGGUGUCAUUUGGUGCCUCUUGUUCGCGUUGGGGAAUUCUCGGAAGAGGAUAAGAAAGCGAGAUUGGUCGGUCGCUCCAAGUGGAAAUUGGUUGAUGAACGCUUGUGCCAGGAAAUCGAUAUAUGUUCACGAUAUGUGGUCCCAGUGAAGUCGCGGGAGACGAAGCGUUCGGCUGAUGCCAAUAAAGAGGCAUGGGAUAUUUUGGACCCAGACGAGGAGGAUGUUGGGAGCGAACAGGAAUCCUCCGGGCGCAAAUCCAGCAGUAGCGGCAAGAAGAGUCGGAAGCGAAAGAAGCCAGCGUCGCAGACUCAAGCGGGGCACUCGGAAAAGAAACAAUUGUGCAUUUCGUCGAAAGCAACGCCUGUUCCUACUAGCACGCUGCUCGAUGUUGAGACAUCGGUUGUCGAUACUCCUUCUGUGCUGCCAACAGUGUCGCUGGAAAAAACGGUAGAAAAAACGGAAAGUGAGGACGUGUCAUCAAUCAAUCAUCCUGCGUUGGUACCUACUGUCUCGAUGGAAAAGCCAGGUGCCAUGCCAAACAUGUCAGGUAUAGCCUCGGCUGCGCCAGCACCAGAACGACCAACAAAUGACACGAAUUGGAAAUGGGCGGAGUCUCAAGCACCAUCAGCAGCUCAGGUUUCCCUGCCAUCAAGUGACCUGGACUUUUCCACUCUCCAGAAACCGGCAGUGGGCUCCAGUUGUCGAAAUGACGAAUCCGAGGAAGUUUCGGGACACUAUCCUCAUCGUGUCCACCAUCAGCCUCCUGCGUACUAUCACUACCCACCCUACCAUCACCACUCACAAUAUCCCCGGCACCAAGAGUCAUACCACUAUGGCUACGGCCAUCCGAUGCAGGACUAUGUCCACGACGAUGGCUAUUAUAAUCACGGGCCUCCUCCUGGCUAUUGGCAUGAUGGCAGUGGCUACCAAGAACACUACCCCCCGCCUUAUCACCAGCAUGUAAUGCAGGCUGAACCAAUGUACCACCAUCGAGAAGAAACAACUCACUUUCCCCUAGCACCAGCCUAUCCUCCAAUUCCUCCAGCACUUACUACACCAAGUAAGCCAAGAACGUCAUCAGCGUACUUGGAUUUAUCAGUCGAGCGGGAGGUCGCUCUGUAGUGUCGAGGCAGCUGUCGAAGAGGGGAAGAACACGAAACCCUGAUAGAAAUAAUGAUUAUUAGAACUAUUCCAGUCGGAGGU